AUGCAUAUAGUUUAUUUACCUUUGUCCAUAUGUUACUAUUACGCGUUAGCUAUAAAAGCAAUUCUCGAACAAUUCAAUUCUAAGACGCAUACACUUGUUCUGGAAUUGGAAGAUGUUCGUGAACAUGAUCGACGUGUUACUGAAGAAGCUGAAAUAGCUCAAAGAGAUCUUCAACAAGCUUUAACUGAAUCUCAAAAGAAUGCUUCACUUCUUACUGAAUAUCAUGAAUUGUACGAUUUACAACGUAAACGUUUGGAAAAACAAAUCAGUUUGAUUGCAUCCGAAAAGGAAUUAUGGCGUGGAGCAGCACAUACUAUUGCUCUUAAAGUUAUUGUUGAACAUAAAUUAGCCACAUCAAAACGCUUAAGUCUUGCUGAACAAACCUGGUAUACACUAGCUACUCAUUUUUCUAUUUAUCUCAUGGAUAAAGAUACAAUUGAAUUAACUGAUGUGCACAAAUCUGCGAAUAUAUGGCGUGAAGUUGUCGAAACAUUUGAUCGUGAACAAGGACAACGAGAAUUUGAAACAACAAAAAAUCUUACUCGUCUCAUUAAAUCGAUUGAAACACUUCGAAUUGCAUUUCGACAAGAUCAUUUUGAUCUCGAAGGAAAACUUAGUCAAGUACCUGAUCCACGAAAAGUAAUUGAGUAUUUAAAUGAAAUCAAACGAUGGGAAGAUUCAUGUACGCAUGAAAUAGAAAAAUUCGGUGGCGAUACUGUACUGAUCAAUGAAGAACGUAUGAAAAAAGCCGAUAGGCAAUUAAAAAAAUGGAUUGAUAUGACUGAACGAUUACUUAGUCGUCAUCCAUCGACGAAUAGCGGAGAUAAUACUGAACAGCAAGCACUUCGAGAUCUUUUUGAGAAUAUUUCAAUUUUACAUUCACAAUAUCGUAUACGAAUGACGGGAGAAAAUGGUUUAGCUCAAACAGUGAUAUUUUUUAGCAAUGUACUUGAAUCAUGGAAUAGUAAAUUUAAUACCUAUGCUUAUACGGGAGGAAAAAUAAGCGAAGGUGAAUGGUUAGCAUUUUAUUCGCAAAUGGAUGAAUGGCUUGAAGGAAUUAAUAAAGCAGUAGCUUUUGUUGGAAAAUCAACGAAAGAUAGUAGUGAUGAACUUGAUGAACAAAAGAAAGGAAAUGCCGUUAAAAAUGUUGUGGAAGCUACAGCAGUAUUACAACAAGCUAACAAGGGUCUUGUUUCUCUUCGUCAUUAUGUUGAAAGUCAUAAUGGUCGUAUUACAGAUGAGACUCUUCAACUCGAUUCAAAUAUGGUUCAUUGGUUGAUUCAAAUUCUUAUUGAUCUCGCUCCCAAUCAACCUAAACUAUCACGAGAAGGUCUUGAUCAUCUUGAAGCUAGUCGUGCAUUAACUGACAAUUUAAUUAAAACGCAAAAAAAACUUUGUGAACAAAUAAAUUCCAUAACAAAACAUAUUGUCAAAUGUUGUGCAGCGUUGACUGCUGAAGAAAUGUUCACUAAACAAUUACAUAAAGAAAGUGAUGCAGAAAAAGAAGUACUCGAUUUGAAACGUAUGCAGGAUGAAUGCUAUGAUUGGAUCUAUACAUCGAAAAUUCUCUUAGCUGAAUUGACGAAUGAUGAAAGUUUAGUCGAUACGAGUCCACCAAAACGUGAGGUUGAACGUCCAUCAACAAAAGAUCAAUCAGAUUGGCCUGAUAUUUCAAGCGAAAGACGAAAAGACGACGAUGAUACCAUAGGAGCUGAACAUGUAUCUUUCGAAGCAAUAAGCCGUGGUGGUCUAACAGAACGACGUCGGCUAGGACGAUCCGGUGGCGAUGAUGAUGGAGCUAGUUCAAUAGCUUCGAAAUCAGCAAAAGUUGGCUUUGAUGCAUUACGAACCAUUGCACAAUUACAACAACAAUUAGCUGAAGCAGAAGCACGUGCUGCUGGUUUACAAGAAAAAUCCAUGUCUCUUGAUGUAGCAUUACGCGAUGCUAAUCAACGUAUUCAACAACUCGAAGCAAAUCAACAUGUUGAAAAAAAAUGA